AUGGCUGACGGGUUCGACGAGACUGCGGCUGCCGCCAUCGAGGAUAGGGCGCAGCAGGGACGCAGAGGUGGUGGAGGUGGAGGUCGUAAAGGCGGACGUGGAGGCGGCGGCGGCGGCGGCGGCGGCGGGGGACAGAACAGAGAUGUGCUCGUUUCCAAGGCGCUUUCGAAGCUGCUAAGGCAUCAGGCUGAGAACGCGGGGAUCCAGCUUGAGGAGGGCGGGUGGGCGCCGUUGGAUAAGGUGCUCGCAUACGGCCCCAUCCGCUCCCUAAAGGUCACCUUCCAGGACAUCCAAGCCGCCGUCUCCACCUCGGACAAGCAGCGCUUCGCCCUCAAGCCAAACGAGACGACCAACCCGUCCCUCGACGAGACCACGGAGGACCCCUCGCACUGGCUCAUCCGCGCCAACCAGGGCCACAGCAUCAAGCUCGACUCGGCGGCGCUGCUCACCCCCGUCACCCUGGAGAACGUGCCGGAGGUGGUCGUCCACGGGACCUACUUUGCCUUCUGGAAGCGCAUCGAGGAGUCGGGCGGGCUGAAGCGCAUGGGGCGGAACCACGUGCACUUCGCGACGGGGCUGCCCGGGGACGAGAGGGGCGUCGUCAGCGGGAUGAGGAGGGACGCGGAGGUGCUUGUGUAUGUUGACGUCGAGAGGGCGUUGAGGGAGGAGGAGGGGAUGAAGUGGUGGGUUAGCGAGAACGGGGUCGUGCUGACGGAGGGAGAUGCCGAUGGGGUUGUGCCGUGUCGGUUGUUCAAGGAGGUUAGGGGACGAGAGGGGGGAGUCGGGGUUUUGUGGGAGGAUGGGGAGAAGGUUGCGGAGUUGCCUGAGGGUUUGAAGAUGAGGACGCCGCCUGGGAAGGGAGGGCGUGGUGGAAGGGGAGGAAGGGGAAGGGGAGGGAGGUCGUGA